GAUAGAAAUUGUGUGGUGAACCAUGAAAAGGAAAAAGUUUCCAAGACUUGUUCAUAAGGUGUCAGUCGCGGCGAGAAUGUGGGGCCGAGCGCAACUGCUCGUGCUGCUGACCGCUCUAACGGCCUACGGGGACGACGACCACAGUGAGUUAAAGGUCGGCCGCUCCAUCGACAUUUUCACCCGCUACGGAUACCUCAGCCUCUCCAUGAAGGUGGUGCCAAGGAACGGUACCGAAUGGAUCUUCAGAGAACCCACGGUGAACAUCUUCUCCAAUCUAGAUCGGAUAACUAACAUCCCGCUACUAGACCGAGUACCUAAGAAGCAGAAGAGGGUCUUCGAUGGCGACUUCCACAUGGAGUUCUGCGACAACGUCCGGCAGUUGCUGCAGGCCUACUUCCGGGACUUCAGCUUCGAAAAGCUGGACAAGCCGUGGAGGGCCUUCACCUCUUCCUGGGCGCCGGAGGCACUGGCCAAACACCUGGGCAUAAACUCCUCCUUCGUGAUCAAAGACCACUGUUACGUGCUUGUGCGACUCUCGAGGUUUCGCGAAACGGUGAAGCUCGACCGCAUCCCGAAUAACGUGCACCUGGUGGACGACGUGGCCAAAGAGAUUGACAAUAUUAAAAGCGGCGAUGUGGCCAGUGUUCUCGACUUCAUUAGCAAAUACGGAUCUCACUAUAUUCAUUCCUACGUUACGGGGAAUUCGUUGUAUCAGGUAAAUACAUACAUAACUGCACUACAUUUGAAUACUAUUACAUAUGUUUUAACAAUUAACUACCAUUGGAUUGCAAUCUAG